AGCUCCACCAAAAUUUCCGGGGUCGCAUUGGAUGUCAUUUAGUUAGAGCUUCGCUCCACGCACGCUCUCUCCUCCUCCUUCAUCAACCGAACCACUCUUGUUAAUGACGACUUUCGCUAUCUCGAGGUGACAAUGGCUGGUCCUUCUCCGUCACCGCACAAGCCUCGUCGCAAGGCUAAUACCAAGAAACCUGGCAAUGGCAAUGGCAAUGGCGGCAGCGAAAAGGCCCCUCGCACAGAAGCCCUAGUACGAGCGCCCGCGUUCCCUCUCGCAGCGUUUCUGUGGCCUGCGCGAACUUCUUUGUCGCAAUGGGAGGUUCUGCCCGUGAUUCUCAUGGUGGUCGGUCUUUUUCGAUGGGCUGCUGGUCUGUGGGGAUAUUCUGGGUUCAGCAAACCGCCCAUGUUUGGAGACUACGAAGCGCAGCGGCAUUGGAUGGAGGUCACGACACAACUUCCCAUAUCGCAAUGGUAUUUCCACGAUCUUCAGUGGUGGGGUCUCGACUAUCCUCCCCUGACGGCCUACCACAGCUGGCUUCUCGGCAAGAUUGGCUCUCUCAUCGAUCCCUCGUGGUUCGCGCUCUUCAUCUCCCGAGGAAGCCAGGACCCCAACCUCAAGAUCUUCAUGAGGGCAACAGUCAUUAUCUCGGAGUAUCUCAUCUACGUCCCAGCCGCCAUAGUCUUCGUGCGACGAUAUAGUAGACUUCAAGGGGUCACUAACUGGACAGCAUGGCUUGCGCUCGUCGCAAUCCUGAUGCAGCCUGCCACCAUUCUUAUCGACCAUGUUCACUUCCAGUACAACACCGUUAUGCUCGGAUUUGUCAUGGCGAGCAUGUCGAGUAUGCUGGCUGAGCGCUACAAGUGGGCUGCUGUCUUCUUCGUCGGCGCGCUGGGAUUCAAGCAGAUGGCUCUGUAUUAUGCCUUCAGCGUCUUCUCCUAUCUUCUCGGCCGCUGCUUUUACCCGCGACUUAACUUUACCAGACUCUUUGGGAUCGCCCUUGUAACGGCUGUUUCCUUUGCUAUCCUAAUUCUGCCUCUGGUUCUUGGUACACUCUACGACAAGAGCCAGGGCAUCGAUGCUCAUGGAGAUUCCAAGGAUUCUCCUUCACUUCCUCUAUUUCCUCAGCUAGUUGAGAUUCUAGACACCAAAGCCUUUUACUGGCCUAUCGUGGAACAGAUGGUCCAGAUGGUUCACCGUGUCUUCCCAUUCGCGCGUGGCUUGUUUGAGGACAAGGUAGCCAAUUUUUGGUGCGCCGCCAAUGUUGUUAUAAAGCUCCGACAGUGGCCAACAGCUCUUCUCCAAAAGGCAGCUCUUGGUGCUACUCUUGGUUCGAUUAUCCCACCUAACAUUAUCCUCUUCCUGCGACCACGAAAGUCCACACUUCCUUUGGCUUUUGCUGCCACAGCUUGGGGCUUCUUCUUGUUCAGCUACCAAGUGCAUGAGAAGAGUGUCUUGCUUCCAUUGAUGCCCAUGACCUUACUUCUGGCUGGAAAGCACGGGUUGAACAAGGACACACGAGCUUGGGUGGGCUUCGCCAACCUUUUGGGAGUCUGGACUAUGUUCCCUUUGCUCAAACGGGUCGACCUGAGAGUUCCAUAUGCGGUUUUGACCCUCCUCUGGUCCUACCUGCUCGGCCUCCCACCGACCUCUUUGAGCGCCUACUUCCAAGAAGGUCAAGCUGCCUGGCUGCAAUGGUGCACGGCAUUACUGCAUCUGCUGUUCUAUGUCGCCAUGGGCGCGUGGCAUGUUCUUGACACAUUUGUAACACCACCUGUUGGUAAGCCCGACCUCUGGGUCGUGGCAAAUGUUGGAAUUGGUGCUGCAGGCUUCAUAAUCUGCUAUCUUUGGUGCUUCUUUAAGCUUAUCCAAGAGAGCGACCUAUUGCCUGGAGGCUCAUCAAGUAAGAAGGAUAAAAAGAGCAAGACCUUGUAGAGAGGCAUUUUUUUUGUCGAUAAUAGAUUUCAAUACGAUUUUGAUUUGGCGUUAUCUCUCCAUCGUUGUCCAAACUGCUACGACGGGCUUGUUCAACUUGUGUCCUACUCUGUACCAGGCUAUUCGUUAAAGGGUGUAACUCUUUCGACAUCCCAUCUCGUCUAUCGGAUGAACAUUCGUUUAUGCUUGGGCAGCUUCCUUCAGAGAGCCAUGGCAAUAGCGGGUGAACAAGGUCGAGGAGCAACGCUUGGUUGUCGACUGAUAGGCUGCUUACACGACUCAACUCGUUGGGCACGGCCGAUGACAGCAAUGAAGAUUCCCACUCUGUCAUUAACUUAUAGGCAGACACAGCCGACACUAUUUCUAGUUAGACAGCACAACCAUCCUUGGGGUAAUAAAUCUUGGUCUUUCCAAGUAUCGAGGAGAAUGGCGAACUGCACUUACUUGCAGAAAAGACCUUGGCUAGAUGACUGGAUAAGAGCGUUGUAUUUUUUGUCAGACUUCUAAGAUAGACAUAAGCUGAGAUAUUACCCAAAAUCUAUUGUCCUC